GCCGACCCCGAACGCCUCCAGCGGCUCCGCAGCCUCAUGAUGGUCAAUGAGCCCAGGCCAGAAGCGGCCGAGAGGGCGCGGGCGCGGGGCAGGAGGGCGCCGCGCAACGUCCUCACUAAGAUGCCCCUUCAUGAAGGCAGUCCACUUGGGGAACUCCACCGCUGUGUCCGUGAUGGUGUAAAGGUCAACGUCCAUAUUCGAACUUUCAAGGGGCUUCGUGGUGUCUGCACUGGAUUCUUGGUUGCAUUUGACAAGUUCUGGAAUAUGGCCCUGACAGAUGUAGAUGAGACAUACCGAAAACCAGUGCUGGGUAAAGCUUUCUAUGUGGAGCCACAGUUGACCCUCACCAGACUCUUUGACAGAUUGAGGUUGCAGGAAUCCUUGGUUAAAAAAGAAGCCGAUUCAAAGGCGACUGCAGACUUGCCAGCCCUUCCGUAUGAUCCAAGGACAUCGGGGAGGAAAUCUGAGUCAGGUAGGGGAAGAUCAGAGGAGGAGCAUGGAGCAAAGAAGCACGCCAGCAGAGAGAGGACACGAAGCUCUAGUUUGCCUAAAGUCUCUGGGAGGGACACGGACUUGCCCAGCGGAAUCUCCCAAGCAGAGGAGAAGAGCACAGCUGGCAGAAGAGGCCGUUCACGAAAAAAGCAGAGGCCCAAAGUGGAUUAUCAGCAAGUGUUUACACGACACAUAAACCAGAUUUUCAUUCGGGGAGAGAAUGUCCUGCUUGUUCACCUAGCACACUGAUCUCACUGGACUGAUUCCAGCAAUAGCACCGCAGUGGUGAAAAGGGAUAGUAUUGCAACUCUUUUUCCUUUCUUUUGGCAAAAAGAGAGAAAGGAUUAUAGACAUAGAAACAAGAACAUCUUGAGCCAAUUGUCUGUUUGGGUAGACUGGAAUUUACCUACAGUUGAUGCGGCCUCCCCAAAAAGAGAUCCCCUAAGCUUUGGGAGAUACGCGGGCUGUGUGGCUUUCAAAAUUGUGUGGCUUGGAUAUGGAGCAACUAUCACUAUAAGUAACUAUUUAAGAUACACAGUAUAUAGAGUUGGCUAAGCAGCUCUGGAAAAGCUGUACAGUCGUGACACUGACACUUCCGUAAGAAAUGUGAAUCAAUUUAAAUGAUGGGACAGAAUGCUGUAAUACAUAGUGAGAGAAUGAAGAGUUCAGCUGUAGGAAAUAGCUUGCCUGAAGCCAUCUCCCCCUUCUCCAUACACUAUGCACGGUGGGGCCAAAAGCACCAGUCCAGCUGUGCAUUGCAGGGCUUCUGAGGUGUAAAGGGGCUCCAUUCACAAAAUGAAUGGAGAGGAAGAAGGAAUUUGCACUGCAACUACUGUAAUUAGAAAAAGCCUUUCCUUAUCAAUUCAUCUUUUAUUUUUUCUUUUUCAGUGAUUGAAAGCAGCAUUUGACAUUUUGUUUGGUAUUUAUAAAAACUAGGCCCUCAACCCAGUUUUCUCUACAUUUUUCCCCACCCAUUUCUACCUGCGAACAAUAUGUGUGGCUUCCCUAGUUUGAGCUUGUUUCAAUAUCAUUUUCAACCCAGAAAUUUCAGCUUUUUCCAUCCAUUUCGGUGUCUUCACAAUAAAGACUAAGAUGUACGUGUGUGGCUUAAAAAAAGAAAUUGUUGAAUGUAUGCUUGGUGUUGUCGUGCACUGUCUAGUGGCUUUGGGAUACUGAUUUCCCAGCAACAGUUAGUAACUACAGAAAAUACUUUGUUUGCAAUAUCUGGAAGGAUUUUUCCAAUUCUUUUUUGGCUCACAGUGAUCCUUUUCAGAUGCUGCUUGUUCUUGAGAAGCAUGUUUAAAACAGCUGAAAAGAAUGCAUGAUGAUUAUUUCAAAAAUUGGUGCUAUUCACAGCACCCCUGUAUUAUUCAGCAUCUGUCAGAACAGUGCAAGAUGUAACAAUGCAUGCACAUGGACCAUGCCAUGAAAAUGCUUAUGGGGAAUGUGUUCAACAUGUCAGUAACUAGAGAAGAUUCCCUGAAGUAGGGGAAAUACCAUGAGGUUUUCCACAAUUUUAUGUAGAAUUCCAAAGCAUCUAUAAAAGCAUAAUUAAUACUAUACAUUUGGUGAGUCAUUCUGCAUUCCUAGAAUAACUGGACAAUCUUCUAAUGACUGAGUUGUGCUACACAAAGGUCAGUUGUGAUAUAUUUUUGUCUGAAUGGCAAAAUCAAGUAUAAUUUACCUAGUAUUCUCCAGAGAGUAAAAAUCAAGCAUUUGGGGGAUGGGGAAAUCUUGUCAUCAGAUAUUUUUUUUUUAACAUAUUUUGGGGGAUCAGAAGCAUUUUAGAAGGCACACAGCUUUGCUGCUGCAUCUGAUCCUUGUGUUGGAAGCAAAACAGGCAAUUAAAGGAAAGCCUCAUUGCUUCUUCUGAAUACUUUGGCUGAAGGUUUUGCUACCACCAAGAACUAAUGGAAAAAUGAUUCUCCUUUGGGAUGCUGGAACCCUGAAUUGCAUGAUAAUAAUUACCCAGAACAGGGCAGCCUGGGGAAGAGGUUUUCCUGACUCACUCAAGUCCACCCCUUUUGGAGCCCAUAUUUCCCUCAAAAGAGGUGAAAAUAAUCACGUUAGGCAGUUUUCAGUGCAGACAUGAGAAAGUUGAAUGGCUCUCACCCUUGACUUUUACUUUAAAUUAGGUGAAGCGUGAAAAUGCACAUAACAUUUAAUUUUCCCCAGUGUUGAAUUACUCAGAACAUAUUUUAAGUUAUCAGUGUAAUUCAGGGCAUGGUAGUAAAUAUGGUAACAGUCAAGGAAAGGAGCUAGGAAGCAAUAUGCAUAGCAUACAAAUGAAUUUUUGUGUAAUUGUAUUUGUUUUAACAAAAAUGGGAAUGAUGUAUGCAAAAUGUGUGUCUUCCAUGGUGUCUUCUUUCUUUCAGUCCUCCUUUGCCAUUCUAUAUGUUUGUUUGUUUUAGUAAAUUUUUUUACUAGAAUUUUUUUUACUCUAGUUGCCCUUUCUAAUGUGACUUUCUCCAGCCUCUUGUAGUGUACAACAUCAAAAGGUUCUCUCCAAGAUAGUCUUCUCUGCUGCUUUCAGAUAUAUUUUCUGGGACUUCCAUCUAGAUUGCACUUAGAGUAGGCUUAUAGGUGUCCAGUAGAAGCUGCAAGAUAUCAUGUGCAUCGUUACAUCAUCCACUCCCCUUGGACUCUUUAUUGUAAGAGUCUUAUGGCUGGAUCCAAAGUGAUUGAUAUCUGUUUUGACUUCUGUUGGAUGGCACAAAGUUUGACCUUUGCUUAGGAUGAUUUUCUUUAACUCACUAGAUUCAUAGAUAUCGCUUGCUUUAAAAAAAUCCCAUUUUUUUCUUCUGUUUUGAAAGUCAGUACCAUAUGUAUUCUGGAACUUUGGACAGCUUCAUGUACUUCAGUAAUAGGGUCAAAAGCUAAUAUUGGAAUGGAUUGUUCAAAUUUAGUUGUAUAUUUUUCCAUUAGUGGCCUAUUCCCAUAUCUGAACCAAAUACAUUUAUAUUAAAUACAAUACAUUCUUCCUUUUUCUUUUCUUUUUCCACAUCAAAAGCUGAAUAUAUACUUUAGUUAUUUAAUACACUUUACCUGUUUGUUUCAUUCUUAGCAAUUUAUGAUGAUUUUUUAAAACUAAGUUUAAUACCUUACCUAGUAUUUUGUUUCUAUGUGAUGAAAGCCAAACUUCCUUGGUACAAUCACAUUUGUAAAAUGGGAUAUUGCUUGCACUUUUGAUUCUAUGCAUUUACUACCCUGAGCAUCACUCUCUUUCUUGCUACUGUUUUUGUCUUCUAGAAUAUUCUGUUAAUUAUUUGAGUGCAGGAGUUUCUUGCAGGCAUCUGGUUCCCUUAUUGGCUGGAACUUAAUUUCAGAAGAUCAGAACUUCUCUCUGAUUUUCUUUUGCUGCUUUUUUCCCCACAUAGCUUCUAAAGUGUCAUUACUGAACUUGCAAGCAGAAGUAAUUCUGGAAUCAUCUCAUUCCUUGACCUUUGUUUCUGCCUAAACCCUAUAGAUCAUUAAUAUUUCCAAAUCAUUCUUAUUUUGAAAUCAUAUAAAUCUUAAAUAGUUUGUUGGUUGCUGUUACUUGAACUUCUAGGUGCUAAGCUUAAUUUCCAAGGCGUUACUUCUCAUAUACUAGGUAUAAAAAAGUAUUUGGAAACAGCCUAUCUUCCUGUCUGCCCUCAACCCAUAGCAGUUUAACUCAGGACAGCUUAAUUCGUUUCUGCAUGAAUUCACGCCAAUUCAUAUGUAAUUUCUUUAGGCUUGCUGCUUGCUUGCCAGAAUGGAAAGUAUACUACCAAAGCAUAGUUUAAAAACUUUAAAAGCUACCAAGGCAUAGUCUGAUAGCCAGUAGGGAUAUGCAUAAAACCUUGAAAAAGAAAGUUUGAUGCUAGAGGUUGUGUAGAUACAAUGGGUAGAACACUUAUCUGUGAGGAAAAGGAUUAAUAUUCUGAUUGCUUUAUUGGACAGUCUAUAAUCUAUGAAUGGAUAAAUUUACAGUAAUGAUUAAUCCUUAGUUUGACUGAAAAAGAAAAAGUAAGCAGAACUAAAAUAGAAAAAAAUCCUACCUUCAGAUGUGGAAUAUUUAGCCAAAUUGGCUCUCUUGGUUUUCCUAUUCUGUGCAUUUCUGUUGAAGAAAAAUCUGUGGAGAUUUUUGAAACUCAGGUUGUCUUAAAACUCAAGUCAUCUGUUGGCAAAAGCUAAGGUUGAUUUUAAAUAUAAGUUCCAUCUGGACAGUGUUUAAAAAUGCUUCUCUGUGACAACUUGAUAAGUUUAACAUUGUGAACUGAGUACUGUGUGAAUUGUCUAGCUGCUUACAAGAUUUUUACCUCAGUGGUAUGAAAUAAGCUAUGGAGGACAGCUAUAAAGUGGUGUCAGUUGCUUCUACUAUUCCUCCUCCUCUUCCUCCUCCCCCUCCCAAGCAGUCUUCCUUCCAUUAUCUAUUGAAGGAAGCUACAUUUAACCUCUGCCAUACUAUGGAUCUAGUCCCUUCUAUGAAGUGUUGGUCAUCCUAUGUAACAGCAGACAUAUUGGCUGUCACUGGAUAGGAUUUGUGGAUAUCUGACGUGAAGAGUGUCUGUUACUAGCACAUCAUAAAACAGCCUUUUUCGCUCGAAGAUUUUCUGUCACUUUGAGCUCCGAACCUUUGGUCAGUGAUGCAAAGAUAAAUAUUUACAAUUUUAUUGAUACUAAUUUAUUGUACGUCAAUCAGUAGUACAUUUCUCACUUCACAUGGCUCAUGCUGUCAGAGACUUCAUUUCUGGUUUCACAGAAACCCCAUUGGGGCUGAAGAUGAAUAGAAUUUAAUUUUUGUUCAGCAGUAGAAAUACCCCGGUGUCUUGGUGAAGCUAUUCCACACAGUGAAUGACAGCGGCCUAGUUUGGUGGAGAAGUAAGUAUGAAAAACUUGUUUUUCCCUCAUCCAUGCAAAUAUUUCAGAGGAAUCUGAAAAGAACGGCUCCUCAACUGGCAGAGGGGAAAGCCUGUCACAGAAGAAGGGAAAGAAUAGCAUGCCUGGCUUUUGAUUUCACUGUUUCAGAGUAAAGUGCAGGUACAUCUGCGCUUGUUCUCCUUGACAGUUCGUUGUCAAAAGAACAUCCGUGUCCAACUUCUGUUGCUGGUCAUUAGAAAUCACAAACCUCUGGCUGGUGGUUUACGCACAUCCUGAUUUUUAGAGCCUCAGUUUCAAUGCCUGAUGUUGGAGAAAUGAAUAAUUUGACAUGACACAUUUUGAACUAAUUUUAUUCUUGCUGCUCUUCCACUGAACCUUGGGAACUCUGGUUUGCAGCUAUGCAGUACAAUUUGAAAUACCGUUGACACGGUCCUUGGCUUGAGAUGACAGGCUCUGAGCGCUUCCACAUUUGUAAUGCAGGCAUCACCACAGGACUGGAUUUUUUUCUCUCUGCUUGCUUUUUUCUCAGUAUUCUCUUUUGUCAAAUGGGAUACUGCUGGCACAUUUGAAGGACAAGUGCCAAGUUCAGUAUCAGACAGAGCCUGCAUGGUGCAAAUGCCCCAACUUUCUGACUUUGGUCUUAAGAGUUGGGAAAAGUUGCAGCUAACCUACGUGCGAUAUGUGAGCAAGGCAAAAGCGCCACUCAGCAACAAGCCUGUGCUUUGGCCCUGCAAAUACUUGUUAAAGAAUGCGCCAAUGGCCUUCUAGUCUCUUUUCCUAAGGAUUUUAUUUCCAAGAAGGAAUUGUUGCUUGAACCCCUGCAAUGUAUGUACAUGUGUGCGUGUUUUCAAAAAAAAAAAAAAAAGCUUGAUGGGUGUAAGCAUCUGUAUCAGGAGUUCAGUCUUGACGGCAAUAAAUGUCUCACUGUAAUUA